GUGUGCCUCGGCAGUGCGUUCGGUGCGUUUUUUGGUGUGUGCCUGUGCACAGGCAUAGCCGCUUACCACCAACGUACGCGCGUGCUCGUGAACAUCCAUCUCACUGUUUCUUCUCGCAUGCAACGAGAGAAUCUCGUUGUGUCCGUUAAAAUCGUCCAGCGAGAAGGCAAAUAAUCCUCGCGAUGCCCUGGGCAUGUUAUUCUGACAUUCAGACAGUAUAGUGGCAUGAGUCGAUUAAUCUAUGGCAGAUCAACAAGAUCAUUUGUCAUCAGGGGGGUCUGUAGAGACGGCAGAUGCUUCAGCAGACACCUCUAAGCCUAGAGGAAUCAGCUCUAGCAGUGGUAGUAGCAGCUAUAGAAAACGACAGAGCAUUGGUUCCAAUCCAGACAUUGUAGAAGAAAAAAGACGUAGAGAAACUAUUGGUGACCCACAAUCAUCUGAAGUUUUUAAUAAUACUUCUUCGUAUAAACAUACAACUGAUACUUUCAAACCGGAGGGUAGAACAAGAGGUGAACAUAAAAGUCAUGGCAGUGGCUUAGAAUCAUAUCUAGAUACUGAUUGGAGGCCACAGCACAAAGUUCAGCAAUCAAAUUAUAAUAUCAGUGGGAAUAGUACAAGAGUUCGUAGCACGACAAGAACAAGUCUGCCAGAAUUAAAUUUAAAAGCUAUCGACUGUAUCGCGUCGAGGACCCGUUCGCGAACGCCACAAAAUUCACAAGCCAUAUCACAGGGACAUAAUAGUUUCGAUUUAUCGCUAACUAGUGGCUACAAUAACAGAGAAGAGUUGACUUAUCACAACUUGGUACCAACAUCAAGUUCUACACCGCUUACUAGUCAUCCAUCCACAUCCAGAGGACGAGGCCUGAGGAUGAGCGAAUGUCUGGAAGGAUUUGUGUCUGCUGUCAAAGCACUUUUUCCAAUAUCAACACAAACGUAUCAUCAAGAAGGAUCAAAGUCUCACGGCGGUGCAACCUGCGCGAGUAGCAGCGCGAGUAGUCAAGUUUUGAGUGUAAAGUCCAGCAUCAGAGUGGGUAACGCAGCCAGUAAUUCUGUGGAGAGCGGUGGGGGGGCGUUGGCACAUGACGGGGCAGGCACUAGUGGCAUCACAACAACUGCCACUGCCAAUCCACCUGUGUCUGCCACCGCCGCUGCCAAUCUUACACACCCUCAUCCUACGCACAAGCAUAUAUUACGUCCCCGCGCAAAACUCUCCAGCGAGCAAUCUAAAGAACUGCCAACUAGUAACAAAACUUCUGGAAAGCAUCAUAAAAAAGACUCUACAACGGGUACUUGUUCGAGCUCCAGGUAAUUAACAUAUCGUAUUGUAACGUACACUAUACCCAUGAAUAUUCGACCAUCCAUAUUCGAUUCUUGUAUGAAAUAUCAAUGUAAUCGAGUAAUGUAUUUCUUUACCAAUAGUGCUACUCCAACGUCGGUAUCGUCUACAGUUCCUGGCAAUCAAUUGGUUACGACAACAGGCGAGGACGAAUCAGCGUCUACAGCGACAUCUGCAACUGCAAGCGGUGGACCGUCCGGAAUGUCAGCCACUACAGGAGAUAGUGAAAGUGAUGAUGGCGAAGUUGGAAAGUUACAAGCUUUACUGGAAGCUAGAGGAUUGCCUCCUCAUGUGUUUGGUGCAUUAGGACCACGAAUGCAACAUUUAUUGAACAGGAGCAUGGGCGCAAGUUCUGCUGCAAAGGCACAACAGCUCUUGGCUGGACUACAGGCUGUUGACGAUGAAGGAGAACAGCUACAAGCUGUGAUCGGUAUGGGUGAAAUUCUGGUAAUGGGAAACGAAGAUACGUUGACUGGUUUUCCAGUGAAACAAGUGGUUGCAGCUUUAAUCAAUUUACUUGGGAUAGAACACAAUUUUGUAAUAAUGACACAUGCCUGUCGUGCCCUGACGUACAUGAUGGAGGCUCUACCUCGAUCGUCGACAGUCGUGGUCGAUGCUGUUCCAGUUUUCUUACAGAAACUGGAAUCUAUCGAGUGUAUGGACGUGGCAGAACAGUGUCUGGCAGCAUUAGCGAUGCUGUCGCGGAGACACAGCAAAACUAUCUUACACGCGGGUGGAGUAUCGGCUUGUUUGAAAUUCGUCGAUUUCUUUAAUAUCGCGGCUCAACGGGCUGCGUUAACGAUAACCGCAAAUUGUUGCCAAAAUCUCCAUCCUGAUGACUUUCACUUGGUGGCCGACAGUCUGCCUUUAUUGACCAGUAGAUUGACAAAUCAAGAUAAAAAAAGCGUCGAGUGUGUCUGCCAAGCAUUUAGUCGUUUAGUUGAUAGUUUUCAACAUGAUCCUGUAACUUUGCAUAAAAUCAUCAAUGCAGAACUCCUUCAAAACUUGCAACAAUUGCUUAUGAUUACGCCCCCUGUAAACAGCAUUGGUAAUUUCAUAACAGUGCUACGAAUGCUCUCUGUGAUAUCAAAUCGCUGUCCCGACUUGGCACAGCUGCUUUUGCAACAAAAUAUAGCUUUCACGCUGAGCUACCUUCUAACCGGCUCACUGGAAGUGAAAACGGAGGACGUGGAGUUGGUGCCGCGUUCUCCGCAAGAGUGGUUCGAAAUCACCUGUUUGAUCGAGGAGCUAAUGCCUCCGCUACCAACAGAUGGUAUAUUUAGUGUAAAUAGUUUACUCGAAAGGACCAGUAAUCAACAAGAAAACGUUCAUUGGGAAUGGCGCGAUGAAAGACACUGUUACCAUCCAUUCAGUACCAUCGACUCUAGAAUUAUCGAGAUGGCAUUUCAGAAUGGCGAGGAUGAGAUUUGUCUUUCCUCUUUAGGACGAACGUAUACGAUAGAUCUGACUGUGAUGAAACAAAUCAAUGAAGACAUUGGAGUGGCGAGAAGCAUUUUUCGUAGAGUAAAUGCUCAUCCCACUGAAGGCAAAAGCCCUACUUGUUUGUCUAGUAUGGAUGUCGUACCACCAGUAAUUGAAACAAACGAAUGGCUAGUGUCUUUCAUUCGAACUUUAUUCUCAGUGCUGUACGAAGUGUAUAGCAGUUCUGCUGGUCCUGCUGUAAAAUGUAAAUGUCUUCGAGCUCUAUUACGUAUGGUCUAUUAUGCUUCAACCGAUUUACUUAAGGAUGUCUUAAAAAACCAAGUUGUAUCGUCACACAUAGCGGGUAUGCUGGCGUCCCAAGAUUUACGAAUUGUUAUCGGAGCUUUGCAGAUGGCGAGUAUAUUAAUGAAAAAGCUACCGCAAGUGUUUGGGGUUCAUUUUCAUCGGGAGGGUGUACUGCAUCAAAUACGACAACUAGCUGAUCCUGAAGUACCUCUUGGUGUUUCACCGCCAAAGUGUCCUUCUGGUACAUCAUUACCAACCCCACAGCCAGGUCCGUCUAAUACAUCACUUUCUUCCACCACAAUGUUGUCUUCUAGUAACGCUACAUCUCCAAUAGCUUCUCCAUCGACAAACGGUAACAUAUUAUUCGGUACGAUUGCAACGUGUCAAUUGAAACCAAAUCUUUCCGCGUCGAUGGAAACACACGCCAGGAAUGAAUUGAAUUCCACGGUGGAUGAUGUCGCAACGCCGCAAAGUGCUCAUUUGCGAAUUGGGGACGUACUGAAGAGGAAACGGCAAAGCAAGAAGGGUCGAUUUUCUAGGCUAGGCGGUACAACACCACAACAAACUCAACAACCCGAAUCACUUUUCACCGGUUUCGCACCUAAAAAUAAUCGUUUCUUAGCCAAUCUUAAUCCCGCUAGAUGGAGUCGAAAAUCGUCGUCUUCGAGUUCCACGAGCGAUAAAAGAGAUUCGAGCUCGUCGACGAGCUUGUCCAAGCCACCGAGUAAUUCGAGUUUAACUGGCGGUAAUCGGGAUAAGGCUAAAACAUGGGUACGUGAACAGGCUGCUCAAUUCUUGACACGUUACCAGGACAAUGCACCUUGCACGCAUCCUGCGAUGACAGUCCUCUCGAGACUCACUGCUGCUAUACAACGGUUACAAUCGAAUGAAUUGGAUGAAAUGUUGUCUGCUCUUACUGAACUGCGAGAUAUAGUACUUGAAAGUGACAUAUCCCCGUUCGAGAUGAAUUAUAGCGGGCUUAUUAAAGCUUUGCUCAACUACCUCACAACCACGGAUGCUCCUGGUAAUCGUUAUGAUCGUCUUCGCAUGUUCUGGAAAUUGUUUGCAGAAUCAACUAUGCAGCAAAGCAACAAUGCCAUGGACCUUAAUCCUGGAGCAUUUGGGGCCCUUGUGGCGAAACUGAACAGUUGUGUUGCACAGUUGGAACAAUUCCCUGUGAAAGUUCAUGACCUACCAGCAGGAUCCGGUGCUGGCCGUGGAGGCACCAGUGCUCUUAAAUUCUUUAAUACGCAUCAACUUAAGUGCAAUCUCCAACGACAUCCAGAUUGUAAUAAUUUAAAGCAGUGGAAGGGAGGCACUGUCAAAAUAGAUCCUCUCGCAUUGGUACAAGCGAUCGAACGUUAUUUAAUGGUUCGUGGAUACGGUAGAAUACGCGAGGCCGAGUCUAUGGUUAGUGACGACGAUAAUAGCGAGGACGACAUAGAUGACACUCUGGCAGCCGUGGUUAUAAGUCAAGGAUCGGCAAAGCAUAAACUCCAGUUCUUGAUCGGGGACGAGGUGCUGCCUUUCAAUAUGACUGUUUAUCAAGCUGUCAGACAGUUUGGUUGUUCUGGCAUCGAUCAUUCUGAAGCUGAAGCUGACGGUGAACCACCGCUCGGUCACGACGCCGUAUGGGUACAAACACAUACAAUUUAUUACAGGCCUGUGCCAGAAGAGGAAAUCACAACGUCACCAAAGCCAGGAUCAAGUUCGCAAGGUAGUAGCCGUAAGGGUAAAGGAAAAAGUACAAAGAUCAGCUCGAAACGGAAAGAGGAUAGCCUGUGGCUCGAAGGAACAGUCCCUCCGCAACGAUGUCCAUUGGAACCUUACCUAUCCCCUACUUUGCCACCCUCGGUUACCAUUACGGACGCUUCGUUAGACGGUUUGUGCUUGCUGCGUCUUCUACACGCCCUAAAUCGUCACUGGGGCGGUUUAUUUCCUCAUCUGAAGGUCGUAAGCCUACUUUCUCCACAAGACUUUAUUAAUAAUAAGAUAGCCGCGAAAGCGAGUAGGCAGCUGCAAGAUCCUCUGGUAAUCAUGACUGGAAACUUACCUUUGUGGUUGCAACAAAUCGCUACAGUCUGUCCAUUCCUGUUUCCAUUCGAGACAAGACAAUUAUUACUCUACGCGACAUCAUUCGAUCGGGACAGAGCUCUGCAACGCCUCUUGGAUUCUGCGCCAGAAUUAUCAGGAUCUGACAGUCAAGAACGCGUUACACCACGUUUAGAACGGAGGAAAAGAACUAUAUCGAGAACUGACAUUCUCAAACAAGCGGAACAAGUUAUACAAGACCUGGCGUCUAGUAAAGCCUUACUUGAAGUGCAAUAUGUUAACGAGGUUGGUACCGGUCUUGGUCCAACAUUGGAAUUUUAUGCUCUAGUCUCUCAGGAAUUACAACGUGGUGAUCUUGAACUUUGGCACGGUUCUUCGAAUCCCACUGAAGCGGGAUAUGUUAACCCUCCGCAUGGACUUUUUUCAAUGCCAGUCUCAUGGAAUACUAAAGUGUCCCAUCUUGCGAAGCUUAAAACAAAGUUUAAGUUCCUUGGAAAGUUUAUGGCGAAAGCGAUAUACGAUUCAAGAAUGUUGGACUUGCCAUUUAGCUUAACUUUCUAUCGUUGGUUGUUGGCAGAGGAACACACAUUAACGUUAUCUGACCUUGCGUAUGUGAAUUUCGAUGUAUAUCGAACUCUUAGUAAACUGCAGGAAAUCGUCAGGCAGAAGGAAACAAUCGAGAAAGAUCAGACACUGAGACCACAUGAAAAAGCACAACUAAUAGAUUCAUUAAGUCUAGACGGUUGUCCAAUUGCAGAUCUUGGCCUUGUUUUUGAAUUACCAGGUUAUGAGAACAUUGAAUUGAGGAAAGGCGGAAGUGAUAUACCCGUUACCAUCUUUAACCUGGAUCAAUACAUUAAGUUAGUGGUACAUUGGUUCUUGUACGAAGGUAUCUUCAGGCAAAUGGAAGCUUUUAGGGAAGGAUUCGAAUCUGUAUUCCCGCUAGUGCAACUGCGACUAUUCUUCCCCGAAGAACUCGAAGCUGUAUUCUGCGGACAUGCACAAACUGGUGGACAGUGGGAUAUGAAAACACUGUCGGAAUGUUGCAGGACUGAUCACGGUUACACUCCCGAUUCCCGUGCAAUCCGUUUUCUGUUCGAGGUUAUGUCGAAAUACAAUAGUGAAGAACAGAGACAGUUCAUUCAGUUCGUCACAGGUUCACCGCGAUUGCCAGUUGGAGGUUUUAAGAGUUUAACGCCACCGUUAACGAUUGUGCGUAAAACGUUCGAUCCGUCAAUGAAGACGGACGAUUUCCUACCAUCUGUAAUGACUUGCGUUAAUUACUUAAAACUGCCCGAUUACACAACCAUAGAAAUAAUGCGGGAAAAGUUGCGAAUAGCUGCACAAGAAGGACAACACUCGUUCCACCUUUCCUAGAAACGGAUGGAAAACCGACGCAACGUUUGCUCUUUUGCUAUCGCAUUGCCCAGGUUGAGACCAAUUAUCCAAACCGCAUCUAAAAUAUCCAAGAAUACGAAAAACGGCUGCGUGUUUCGCUCGAAACUCAGUAAUCGCAGUUUUGCACUUUAUACACUUUUUCUUUCUGAAGAUUAUCUUUUCUUGAUUUUAGCGAGAAUUCAUUUAAAUAAAUCCUAAUUUGAUGUUUGUCUUUUUUUAUUUGUAAAUUUGGAUUGUGAUAUACUUUAUCAAGACUAAAAAAGAAGUGCAAAGACGAUAUUAGCCCUACUGUAAUGAGUUUCCUCUUGUGGUAUUACGACAAGUAGGUAACGCGAGAGCAACCUUGUUCCAGGAAACUUGUCUUUGAUGUGUUACAAUAAUUAAUAAAAAAAAAUUGUAAAUAUAGUUUAA